AUUCGCUCCAAGUCCCGUAGCCUGCUUGCUCGUCGGGCUGAUUGCCCCCACAAUCGACCCACAACGCAUAGGCUGUGUCGAUUGUUUUCGUGUGAGUUUCUGCCAUCUUAGUCCGCAUUGAAGGCCUGACCAAAUUCACAGUAGUUUUGAACAUGGGUGAUUGUGGGUGCUAGAGGUGCGUUCGUUGAAGAAGUGGCAGGGGGGGCUACAGCGCCGUUCGUUUGAGGGUAGGCUUUGGAAUUGGGAAUCAUGGGGAGUCCCGAUGUUUUGAUGAUCGAAGCGGCCCCAGGCGCGAAAGAAAUUGAACAAGCGAAGUGGCGGAAUGGAGCGUUGGACGACACUGUGGACGCCCUGCCGUAUAUUGAUCACGAUUACGCGGAUCCUAAGGUGAAGGCGGAAGUGGACAAGAUGAUUGCUGAGGAGAUGCGGCUGAGCUCCAAAAAGCCUUCUGACUUCCUCGCCGAGCUGCCUCCCGUGCCUUCCAUCAAUGCUCAGGACCAUCCAAUGCUUGCAAAAGAGUUUGACCGAGUGCGAGCUGGAAAAGCCCCAGUUGCCUUAGACCUUUCACGUUACGGUUUAGAACCUCCUCCAGUGAAUAAGCGCAAUGACGUUGGAGCCUGGAAGAGCGCUGUUCAAAAUGCAAAAGCUCAACUACAACACCAGACUUUGAGACUUGAGAAUCUCGAGCUCAUGCUGAAUUAUGGCACCACUGCAUGGAUAGUUCAUAAUCAACAUCUUGAAGCUUUUCAAGCCAGGCUAAGAGAUACAGCACUCGAAUAUCAGCGUGAGAUUGAGAUAUUGAAUCGAGAGCGCAAGCUUAAUCAGCAAGCUGCGGCGGUUGAAUUGAACUUGUUGAGUUCCCAAUGGAAAGAAAUCAGCCAAAAGAACUUGGACAUAGAAGAAGCUUGUUUGAAAUUGGAAGCCGAGGUCCUCAAACUCCGCGAGGAAGCUGAAAAGAAAGGAAUAGAUCUUACUCAACCACCUCAGUAGGACAGUCAAUGUCAUGAAGUCGGGUAUAGAGAUUCUCUUCAAUGUAAAAAAUGAGAUACUUUGGGAGAUGUUGUCCAGUGUAGCACGCUGUUCUUUUUUGUUCUUAAUAAUAAAAUCUACAUUCUACCUUUA